ACCUCUUCAAAGUGACACCUGUAGCUUACAUCAGAAAAAGCCAGCUCCUCGCCAGCCUUUCCAUUUCAAAUUAAGAAAAAUGCUCACGGGUUGAGGAACCCUUUGGACCCUACAGGUCUGGGCUAAGCCCUGAAUGUUUCCAACUCCUAGCACCGCCCCAGCCUGGUCUGAAUGCUGUCUAUUCCCUGCUCUCUGCUAACCCACACCCGUUGUUUUCACCCUGUCUACAUUCCCCCUCACUAUAUCGGUAGAAACCUCCUGAAUAUUAGCUGCUCAAAAAGGGAGGAUUCCAUUACUAUUCAUAUUAAUCUUCCUAAACAUGUCAAUACAUUCCAAACAUUAUGCAGAACAUUAUGUCAUUAUGACAUUAUGCUAUCUAUGUUUUCACUGAAAUAUGUUGACAACUACAUCAUGAGUAACCCUGGUUUCUACCAUAUUCAGCCAGUGUGCUAUGAUACAAAAUGUAUUAAUCUCCCUGAAGAUGACAUCAUCUAUAGCCUAUUUCAAAAACACGUGACGAAAAUGUUUACAGUAUGAUUGAAAAUGAUUUCAAUUUAUUAGAAUUAAAAUGUUAUAGAUAACGUCCCAAUACGCCUUCACUGCAAAUACUGUGCAACCCACGAGGGCUUCUACGGCUACUGAAAAUGUUACGUUACGUCAAUCACGUGAUGCUCAGUCGUAAUGUAAUGGCUUCCUACACAAACUCUGUCAACACGCUUUGAAAAAAAAAAAUGGAAUACGGUGUCUUUCUCUUUAACGUCGUUGAUCGAGUCCAUACCAAAGGCGUUGACAAACGUCUAGGUCUGAAUUAUAGGGAUAUAUAUAGACUAACACUCGAAAGGACUUGAAAUAUGUGUAUAUUUCAGUUGCCAGAUGAUGUCCUGUACCUCAUCCUGUCGUAUUUGGACUGCAAGUCGUUGUGUCGUCUCUCUCAAGUUUGCAGGAAACUUUAUCAUUUCACAAGUCGUGAUGCAGUAUGGAGGAAGAUAGCCAAAGACCUUAUAAACACAGGAAUAACACGACAAGGAGGAGACUUGUAUCCAUGUAUUCUCUUAAAGGACAGGGUGAGGACAUCGCAGAACUGGUCACAAGGCUGCUGUCGUAAAGAGGUUCUGAUGAAGUGGAAGCCAAACUUGUUGCCAUGGAUACAGCUGGACGGUGAUGUGCUGUAUCUGUCUCAGGCUGCGGACAUCGGAGCGUACCAUCUGCGUCCAAGAAGAGGGAGGUUCCAGCACAGCCGGUUUGCUCUGUUUUCAGGACACCAAGAGGAUGUGUGUAGAUUUGUCCUGACAGAUACACAUCUCAUCAGUGCUGGAGGGGAUGGCAAAAUUAUCAUCCAUAACAGAAGAGAUGACUUCUCCAUGGAGUUCUAUGGCCACAACCAGGAGGUGAACUGCAUCGAUUCCAAAGGAGGCCUGAUAGUCAGUGGCUCCAGAGACAGGACAGCACGGAUCUGGACACUGUCUCCAAAUCGUCUAGGUGAAUGUUUGCACACCAUCCCAACCUUUGAUAGGGUCUGGUCUGUUGCCAUAAGUCCCAGCAUAGGCACCUUUGUGACGGGGACGGCCUGCUGUGAAGACUCUACCCCUCUGCGCAUCUGGGACACUGAGAGGUGUCAGCUGGUGUCUUGUUUGGGUGCUGACUUUCGCCGGGGAGCAGGUGUGCUAGAUAUCAUCUAUGAAUCUCCCUCCCAGCUCCUUACCUGCGGCUAUGACACCUUUAUCCGCUACUGGGACUUGAGGGAAAUGUGUCAUGGAGUGGGAGGAACCUCACGACAGUGCCCUGUACUGUAUGCAGACGGAUGGGAAUCAACUGAUUGUCAGUGGCUCGUCCUACUACGGUGUAGUGCGUCUCUGGGACAAAAGACAGACGCACUGUUUGAAGAUGUUCCAGCUGACGUCGUCCACCAGCAGCCCUGUGUAUUGUCUGCGUCUGAACGCCUCCCACCUGUAUGCCGCUCUGGCCUCCGCACUCUACUGCCUCGACUUCACCGCGCCGGGACCCAGAGCCAGGAGAUGACCCAGACUUCAUCCUCAACACACACACACACACACACACACACAUAUACACAUAUACACACACACAUAUACAUAUACACACACACACACACAUAGACAGAUGCUGAAAACACACACCACAGUCAGCCUUCAUUGAUAAUCCCAUGAGAGAUCUAUUUUUUCAAAAAGGCCUGCAGCUGAAAUUUAUUUUAAAGUGUAAAACUUAUAUUUUAGACAUUAUGCUAGUUGCUUGGUGUUUCAAAGUCAUUUACAACAUGUUCUUGUUUCAACACAAACAGCUUGCAAGUUCAGCUCUCACACUGAUUUGGCACACAGCAGACAGCAUUCCCAAAGCGUACCCCACAUCCCACCUCACCUCCGCCUCACCUCCACCUCACCUCCGCGUCACCUCCACCUCACCCCCACUCCAUCUCACCAUCACCCCACCACACCUCUCACCACACCUCUUAGGUCACACAUUCACGGAGACGACUCUAUUGCUGCGGUUAAUGUUGGCCAUUUUCUCCACACCGCACUGGAAGCGGGAGGAUUCACGGCUUGACCUUUCGUGGCCCCGGGUCUCUCUGGCGCUCUGCUGGAUCCAUCCGCCGGCGGGACUCCUCAGAAUAACCCUCGUCACCACACACCGCAGCACAGCCACCUCGCCGGGCGUUCCUCGACAAAUGAGAUACAAUUACACAUUAUUUCAUCCUGUAAUUAAAAAUUGACUUUUUUAAAAGAAAAAAAGAGUUCUAUUGAAAAGGCUAUGAUUUAUUUUUAGAGAAAAAAAAGGUCUAUUAAAAGGCUAUGAUCUUU